AGUUAGACUAGAUUGUAAUUGCACUUUAUACGUGGAAUAAACUGACGACAUUGGCCGAAUUAAUAUCAUCGAAUCUCAUGAGACCAUAUUACGACCGUCAGUUUAGUUAGCACUUUUCAUAAGCACCAUUAGCUUUAAAUUAUUAGCUUACAUCAGCUUUACCCUAGAACAAAUAAAAUGCGGCCUUCGCAUUAAUAUUACUUGCCACUUGUUCACUCUUAUUUUUGUCACUUUCAAGGCAAAGUGCAAGUCUAAUACCAUUUUAGACACAUCACACAUGCUGCACUUCUGAGACUCGUCCAGACUCUUUGGCAUUCAUUGAUCUAUUUAGAAUAGCAUAUAAAUCAUUACGAAAUCUCAUCUAACUUUGUUUCUCCCAUUGACAACGACGUUUGACACGACUUUGGCGUCGCGAUUAUUACACAGAGUCGUCACAGUUGACGUACCAUCGUUUUAUGCUUUAACAAACGAACUCUGAAGAGUCCAAUAAAAUUGCACAAGCUCAGCAUGCAGCAUACUUAUUCUACUGCAACGUUAAAGAACGAGUUAUAUAGUACUCAACCCGCUGAUUCGCGAUGUCGAGUAUGAACACUUUAAUUAAGCUUUUACUAAUUAACGCCCGCAUCAUACUUCGAUUGACGUUACUCUGUCUGCCAUCGCAACUGAUCCCAACUUUUCAUGAUAGCGCGCAUCUUGGAAUUGCUUUGCGCAAACGUGGACAGAAGCAGACGAAAUGCGCGUUAACUAUUUGUUUUUAUUGAAUUUCAGAAAGUUGAGAAAAAUGUUUUUUUGUUAUCUAACUUUAUUACUAUAUCUAACAUGCUUUUUGGGAAGCUCUCAAAUUAUAUCAUGAGAAAGAUACGUUUUGACAUUUAGGAUUGAACCAACAUAACCUAAUUGAUUUUCCCGUUUGAUUGCUUCUCACUUGUCAAAGUCAAAGAAUCUACAGUCCAUGGUUUUUUGGUUUCAUUUGUUACUGAUAAGGAAAUGGGGUUGUUAUAUGAAAGAUAAAAGACGAAUUUUCUUCUCACUGAUUUAAGAUAGCCUGCAAAUUUAACGUAUUCGCUGAUAUGGAUGAUUUUAACUUUUAUCUAAUAUUUGCAAAGCCUCUUGUGCUUAAUUUACCUGAUGCUAAAGAUCGUAGUACAGCAGCAUCAUGGGUCAAGAAGCUUCGUGAAGUCAAUGCAAAAAAUGCAAAAGACUCACAGCCGAUUGAAUAUUUAAAACUGUUGCUAUUUGUUAUGCAAAAAAAUAAACUCUCUGGAAUAUUUGAGAAAGCACCACCAGAGGGAGAUCUUGAACCCUUCCCUCAAGGAUGCACUACGGCUGCAGAUAUGAUAUCGUUGGUAAAAUCAGCAAAGUCAGAAUCACCUCCUUAUUCUUCGAUCUUUAAUUCGGUUUCUGGUGAUCUCUGCCAAUAUGCUGCUGUCCAGGAAAUUCCAAAAUUUGGAAUUCAUGGGUAUUAUGCCAUCUCCACAGAACCACUACCAAAAUGGAGCCAUCCUAAGCAUUUUGGUCCUAAGAUCUCAACUGCAAAAUCCAAGGAUACUCGUAAACAGAGUACUGUAGCUUUUCCAACUACGGUAACUCCAGACAACAGUCAAGCUCCUGAUGCAUGCCGUCGGCGGGAUAAGAAUAGGUUCACGGAGAAGCAGGAAGUCAAUAAACAAGUUUCAAUUGAGAAGAAAGGACGACGAAGAGAAAUACCUGUAGUCGAAUCAAGACCCUGUUGGGGAAGAAGUCGCUAUAUCGAAAGACUCAUUGACGAAUCUCCUCAUCACGUAGCGGAUCUCGAUCUCUCUCAGGCAGAUGCACUACUGCAUCUCUACAGUGAAAAGAAGAUGCGGAAAAUCGAUAAGGAUUCAAAUCUACCAGCAUCAACCCCUUGCAAAAUUUCCUCCAAAAGACGAGAAGUCGAGAGAGCGAUGGACUUGGCAGUUUGCACAGAGCCUUACGACGAUGGCAAGGAGUACCACUUCAAGAAAAAUAUAAAAGAGGAACGAGUUUGUAAUCCGGACUUCAAUAAUUACCCAAAUAAUAUGGCUUCCAACAACCUCUGUGGUCGUAAAACUCAGAAGAUGCAUUCAAGAAACGUCUUGCACGACGCAGAAAUCGAGGAUACGACAGAUGAUCUAUUGGAUCGACCCUCUUCAGCUAUAGUGGGAAAAACAAUAGUGCGCACGCGAGGAACAGGCAGAUGUGGGGAUCCAGAGGUUCAUGAGAAGACAUACUUAUGGAAGAAUUGUUAUGAAGAGGAGCCACGUCCUUUGUACAGUUCUUCCUGCGAAGUCUUCCCUGAGACAGAGGAUACGGAAGCGGAACUCCGGAGAGCAAUGGGAGCAAUGUUAAGACAAUCUCAUCGACAAUGCGGCAAUGAUUUGGAAACAUCAGACAUUGAAGAUGCUAGAGAAUUGAAGUUACGCGGUACAAGAGCAAAGAUGGGUUGUUGUGGCAAAAUGAACCCGCCUCCAAAACAAGGAUGUUGCAAAAAACGUUAUAUUGAAUGAUAUACAUUUUCUCUUUUAUUUUUGAACCUACUUUUUCUCUAGUCUGGUGUAAAUUUUGAAUUAUAAAAUGGAAUCGAUAAUGUGUUAUGAAGUAUACUAAUUCACAAGUACAGAGCGACAACGUAUAAAUUCAGAAUGAACAUUUU